AUGGAGACAACGACCACUCCUCUGCUUUCCGGUGAUGGCGACCGAAGCGGGUGGCUCCGUCGUCGUCUCCGUCUCAAAAACCCACUUUCCUCUGAACUCUCCGGCGCCGUCGGCGAUCUAGGAACCUUCAUACCAAUCGUCCUUACCUUAACUUUAGUCUCAAAUCUCGAUCUUUCCGCUACUCUAAUCUUCACUGGAUUCUACAACAUCGCAACAGGUCUUCUCUUCGACAUUCCUAUGCCUGUUCAGCCCAUGAAAUCCAUCGCCGCAGUCGCCGUCUCCGAGAGUCCACAUCUCACUCCUUCUCAGAUCGCCGCCGCUGGAGCUUUGACAGCUGCCACGCUCCUCCUCCUCGGUGCCACCGGAGCUAUGUCUUUACUCUACAAUCUCAUUCCUCUCCCUGUUGUACGCGGUGUUCAGCUUUCUCAGGGUUUACAAUUCGCCUUCACUGCGAUCAAAUAUGUUCGGUUUAAUUACGAUACUGCCACUAUGAAGCCUUCUUCUUCUCCUCGUUCUUGGCUUGGUCUUGAUGGUCUUAUCUUGGCUCUAGCUGCUCUGCUUUUCAUCAUUUUGGCUACUGGCUCAGGCAACGACAGAGAUGUUGAAGAAGUCGGAGAGAGUUCUGGUGACGAAAGCCAGUCUCGUAGGAGGAGACUGCGUCUUCUUUCUUCGAUUCCGUCUGCGUUAAUCGUGUUUUUGAUCGGGUUAGUGCUCUGUUUUAUUCGCGAUCCGUCGAUAUUCAAAGACCUUAAAUUUGGUCCAUCAAAGUUCAAGAUUUUGAAAAUCACUUGGGAUGAUUGGAAGAUCGGGUUUGUAAGAGCGGCGAUUCCUCAGAUUCCGUUGUCUGUAUUGAACUCGGUGAUCGCGGUUUGCAAACUAUCGAAUGACUUGUUUGAUAAGGAACUCUCCGCGACUAGAGUCUCUGUGAGCGUUGGUGUGAUGAACUUAAUUGGGUGCUGGUUCGGCGCAAUGCCUGUCUGUCACGGUGCUGGUGGGUUAGCUGGGCAGUACCGGUUCGGGGCAAGGAGUGGUUUGUCUGUUGUUUUUCUUGGGGUCGGGAAACUGGUCGUAGGUUUGGUGUUUGGGAACUCGUUUGUGAGGAUUCUGAGCCAGUUUCCGAUUGGAAUACUCGGGGUUCUGUUGCUAUUCGCGGGGAUUGAGCUCGCCAUGGCUUCCAAAGACAUGAACACGAAAGAAGAGUCGUUUAUCAUGUUGGUCUGCGCAGCCGUGUCGAUGACCGGCUCGAGCGCGGCUUUAGGGUUUGGGUGUGGAGUUGUUCUUUACUUGCUACUGAAGCUACGGACGUUAGACUGUUCUUCGGUUACUCUGUUUUCCCGGUCAAAUGAUGGAUCGCCCGCGGAUUCCGAAGCCGCUCCUCGUGUGGUCUAA